AAAUACAGAUCCUAAUACUAUCGUGUUGAGGAUCUGACAGCGACCAACGGGAGGUCAUGUGCAGAUGACCUUUGUGUUAACCAAUCAAAUAACAGCUUACCAGAUUCUGAAAGUGAUGAGACUCAUUUCGAUUUGUUUCUAGACUUGUAAUAUAUCGAUUGUAAAGUACCGAGAAACCCGAACGACCGUAUACAAAGAUGGCCGCGCCCAGUGCAGGCGCAUCUACGCCAAGGCGGGUGUUCUUUUUGGACAAUAUCUGUUUGAUAUGUGGGUUUUCGUUUGUGCAAAAAGAAAUAUCAGCUGAAGGUAAAGAAAUAAUAACAAAAUUCACAAAUCAGAAACUGAAACUUUCGGCAGAAAGAAUCAAAGACAUAGAAUGUGUGGUUGGUGUUAUUGAGUGUGAACGGGUUGAAACAGGUGGGGUGUGUAUUAAAUGCUACAGACAAGUUCAAAAGCAUAUAAAACUUUCGUCUGAAGUUAAAUCUAUAGGAGAUGCACUAAAUGAGAAGAAAACGCAGACAUUUUCUAGUAAGGCGUUAUGCAUCCCUUCUCCCCAACGACCCUCUUUCCAGCAAACUAGGACAAAACGGUUGCUACGCAGUCCAUUUACAGAUCAGCCAAUGAAAAUAUCAACUGCUACGCAAUCAUCGCAGCUCAGCAUACUUAAAAUCAAGACAACAAGUCUUAAACCUUUCACAGACCUCGUGAAUAGGUCUAUACUGCCGAAACCUGCCACACCCAGAGUUGUACAUGAUAUCACAGAUCCUGGGAGAGGGACAGAAAACGUACAACCAAAACCUACAAGACGGUCUCUCGAUACAGCUUUCAGGGCAGUGUCUCUUGACUCUUCUGAUGCCCAACCAACAACCGAAGUUGAGGCAUCAACAGAAAUAUACAUGUUAAUGGCAUUUGGUGCCUAAUCCAGUUUGGACAUCAUUGAGUGCUGAACAAUUUAAAUAAUUUCAAUCAAAGCAAGAUAACUCUUCAUUUCAAGAUGGAAAAAAGAUCAACAUUUAUUGCAAAUGAAAGUCACAAGAAAAUUUGUAAAUUUAUAUUUCGAGGAAACAAUGUGGAGAGGGGAAUUGUUGAUGUGUUAAAACAGUCCUGUCCAGAAGAGUUAAGUUCUGUAACUUCAAGCAUGGUGUCAAAAGAAUGUAAAGAGCUGUGCAAGCGUAGUAAUGAUACUGUAUUACAGAACAGAUCAAAAGAUGGAAUAUUGAAUUUUUCUUGGGAUAAACUUCACCAAGAGUUACAAAUUAGAGCUCCACAUACACUGAAAGUUGUUUCAUCUAUUGUAACAGAUAUCCCCCAUAAUGUUGUACAAGGGAAGCCAUUUUACCAUGUUUUGAAUUCUGUAGCAAUUGCUCUGCAUGGAAGAUCUCGCGAAAUGACAGUUCUACAGUACCUCUGUGGCAUGGUAUUACUGCAUGGAGGAUGCACCCACAGGGACAUAGAAAGGCUAGCCAAAAUAGGAUUAACUGUCACUGCAGAAACACUGAGGAGGAAAAUGGUAACAUGGGAGGAACAUCUAGAUGUUGAUCUGAUCAAACUGAGGGAUGGUUGGAUUGAGGGAGAUGCAUGUAUGAAAAAGUAUCAGCUGGUUGGUGACAAUUGGGAUAAGAACAUAGUACCUUCUUUCAGAACCUCCCAACAGAAAACAAUCUCUUUACAUUUGUUCAAUAUCAUUGGUGUCCUUGAUAGGAUUCAGCCAGCAGUGGUUAAUGAUUCACAGGUACAAGACAUUUCUGAUUGUGAUGCUACAGAUUUCAUACCAUCUGUUGAGGAUCAAAAACUACUUUGUGAAGAACUAACUUUCAUAGUGGCAACAUCUAUCAUUGGAAAUAUUGAUCAGAUGACAACUUUACUUGGAGCUAUAUACCCCAAACACCUUAAACAUGAGUACAGCGAUUUUGUAGGAUUGAAAACGCAGCAGCAUGCUCUCGGUUUAUUCGACUGUAAUGAAACAAAGACCCAAGAUGUAAUAAGGAUGUUGAAGGAGAUGACCAGAAAGUAUGUUCCUAUCCGAGAUGAGGAGAUUGUUGAAGAAGUUUUCUUUGGUGGAGACAGAUUGACUGAUGAAAGAAUUCAAACAGCGCAAGAAGCUAUGGUAAACAAUGAAAAGGCAACAGACCGUUUAGAAGGCUUUAUUUCCAAGAUUGAAGAUUUUCAUAGGCUGAUGAACUUUCUUGAGGCAAUAUGGAAACUGACCUACUCCACCAACUCGGGCAAAGACAGAGGAACAGCAUAUUACUACAGAAAUCUUUUGAAUGCCCGCAAUGUAAAGAAAGACGUGAAAAAUUCCUACAGAGCAUACAAGUUCUUGUAUUACUCCAUAUUUGAUGCAAUUUGUUGUGCCCUUUUCCUGAAGGAAAUGCAAAUCAACAGUAUGGAAAGCGAGAUUCCAAUACCACUGUCAUGGAAACAAUGGAGCAAUGAUCAAAAAAUAGAAUGGAUGAAUUCCAUAGCACAACGGUUGGUUAAAAGGUGGUUCUUCGACAGUCAAAUAGAUGACCAAGAUUUGCUGAGGAAUGUUCGAGACGUGCUGUCAGAUCCAGAUCACCCCGAAAACUAUUGGACAUCAAAUGUCGUACAAGACCGUUUCAAGUGUCAUUAUUGUGAUAAGACUUAUGUCUUUAUAGGAAGUUUGAAAACUCAUGAAAAGUCUGUCCAUCAACAUGUUGAAGAGGUCCCCAGUAAAGUCAACGACACAGUAUCUGAGGAACAAGAUGAGCUACAUGACCAUAUGCUCCUUCAAUUUCGUCUCAUAGCUCUGCACAAGAAUUUGGACACAGCAGUUGACAUGGGAGAUGGAAAGCGUGCUGUCCGCUCAGCUAAAUACGAAACACCCAUUUACAACCUGACAAACAAAACAAAAUACUUGAUCGGAAGUGUUCACUUGACUGGAUUAGUAUCUGGUACAUUACCUAAACAGCAAAGUGAACGCCUUAUUGCAAAUAGGUGCAUCAAUAUCACAGGAGGAAAGAACAACAAUAUAGCAUUAGACGAAUAUGUAGAACUUCUAAACAGAGAAACUAAGGACACUUGCUCUGGUUUUCAAACAAAGGAAAGCAUUAUUGCUCAUUCAAAAGAAUUUCCACAUCUUAUAGAUGCUGUGAAACACUUCGAUAGCAUAUGCGAAAUUCGUCAGAGGAAAGGUUUCCAUAAAUUACCAUCAUACAAGAAUGAUGUAAAAAAGGUUGUAAAUGACUUGCUUGAAAUUAAAGCUCUAGAUAAUUUACCUGGUCGUUCCCUCAGGUGUCGUUCAUUGGUUCGUAACAGAAAUCCAUAUAAGGAAAGUUACAGGAAGCUUGUGAGCAUGAUCCACCGUCAUAAACCGUCACUUCCAUUCAGGCGAUUGCGAAACAAGAGACUGUGAUAUGCUGAGGAUUGAUAUAGUCCAGUAAAAUAUAUCAUCGACUUUACAGGCAUGUAGUUUAAUGCCAAAAUAUGCACUUUGAGAGAAGUAGUUGUAUUUAUAUUUCACAUUUGACCAUACAUUUUUACCAGAUCUUUGAUAUAGCUUAUUGAUGAUGGUAUUGUUACCACAUGCACAAAUUCUAAGUAUAACAGAUGAACCUGUUGUGAAAUGUCUUUCAUUGUGUACUGACAAUUAUUGUUAAAAAUACUAAAGAAUUAUACAUGAUCAGGAGUCUUUUGAUUAGUUUUGUCACAAUAUACUCAUUAUUGAAAUAUUAAUGAUACCAUAAAUUUAGUUGGUGUUUGAUCUAUGGUUAUGAUUAUUUACUGGUCACUCCGAUCUUUGAAGGAUGUUACAAUGUUAUAGCAGGCAAAGUGUUAUGAUCCACCACCUCUCAAUCUUGUUUGCGAGUUGAAAUGCCAUGUGGGGCAUUUGCCAUAUAUACAUGUAUUGUAGGUGUGUUUUUUACCAGGUGCUCAGGUUAUCCUGUAAACUUAUAAUAAUAUGACCCUUGUUAUAUGUAAUUAUAAGCACAACAUAUAAGAAAAAAUCAAACUAUGAUACAGAUAGUGCUUUCAAGUCCAGGGAACUGAGUUGUUAACUUAAUCAAGAUGCCCCACACCAUACAAGACCACUAGUCCUAGGUCUCCACCUCUACUAGAUUGCUAAGGGCCAUAUACAUGUAUCUACUGAAUUUAGGUCUUUUUUUUUUCUCUUGGGUACUCCGGCUUUCCCCUCCCUGCAUAAUAUAAUAGGACAU